AUGCUUACACCCUCCGAUGUCGGUCCCAAAGCAUGUUCAUCCAGCUUUAAUUCGUGGAAAGUGACUCAAGAUGACUACACAGGAGCAGAAAGCCGAUAUCUGGUCAGCCGAUGUUUACGGCAACAAAGUGGCCCCAUUCGUUGCAACUUUAACAGAGAAGAUUAUGAAGUACUCGAUGUCGGCUGUGGAGAUGGCGUCCUAACUGCCAAAUUAGCCCCCCAUGUUAAACGUAUCGUUGGCGUCGACGCCUCACCGAAUAUGAUAGAGCACUUCCAGAAAACAUAUCCCCAUAUUGAAUCCUGCGUUGUGGACUGCCGACAUUUGGAUCAAGUGCCAGUCCUCACUGAGGGGAAGUUUGACAAAGUCUUCUCGAACGCUGCCUUACAUUGGAUCUUACACGACCCCGAAACCCGGUCGAACACGAUCAAGGGCUGCUUCAAUGCGCUUAAGCCAGGUGGGAUUUUCGUGAGUGAAUCGGGUGCGCUCGGUAACGUAGCCGAGGUGCAUGCGGCAAUCGUCAGUGCUCUGGUCAUUCAAGGCAUUCCUGUUGAAGAAGCCCGGGCAGCUUCGCCUUGGUGGUUUCCUUCCCAGGAAGCUAUGAAACAGCUUCUUGAAGGGGAAGGCUUCCAGUGGAUCAAGGGUGAGGCAGAGCUCAGACAGACGAAGCUGACAGAGCACAAAGAAGGCGGAAUCGAAGGAUGGAUCCGCCUCUUCUGUGAGCCUUUCCUCCAGGUUUUACCAACAGUGGAGGCACGCAAUGCAGCUGUCAAACAUGCUGUUGACAUCCUGGAGGGUGUUGGAAGGCAUCAACACGAUGGCUCCUUCACAGUCAAUUACAUUCGACUUCGGUUUGUAGCGCAGAAACCGUUUUAG